AAUGGCCCCUUAGUGAGUGUGGGUGUUUACAGUCAGCUGGUCGGUUUCCUACACAUCCACCUGCUUCGAUCAACCAAUAGGCGCUCACACGGUGACAUUUCAGGUAUAAAAAGGGUUAACGGUAACUGUUAGGUGUCAUUUUGUUAGAAAGACACAUCGCAAAUCAUCAUGUCCCCGCGAACGCUCAGACUUGAGAUCGAAAAAACAACAAGGACGACAUACAUGGUCGGAACGGAGUUGAUGGUGAAUUUAAACAGGUGUGCCCCACAUCAGUCCAAGUUUUUUACUGUAAAAUGCACCCCCAAUGUGCAUUUCAAGAUCACUCCCCCAACCAGCGAGGAGAGUUCCCCCCCGAACCUCCUUGCCCCAAACUCGAGCCUUCUCAUCACCAUGGAUGAAGUCAGCGAAACUGCAAAUGACAAUAAGUUAUCUGUGAGGUACUAUGGGGAGAAAAUGGAGAAACUUGGGAACGCCAUCCUGCACCUAACAGCCGUUGAGAUAUCUCUGGAUGUAGAUGCCGACCGAGAUGGCAUUGUUGAGAAAAACAAUCCAAACAAGGCAUCGUGGAAGUGGGGUCCAAAUGGCCAUGGUGCUAUACUUCUGGUCAACUGUGACUCAGAGUCCACAUUCAGGAAGACACUCGAUAGUGAGAAAGAAGAGAUAAAUAGAGUGUCAGAUUUGAAGGACAUGUCCACGAUGGUCUUGCGCAUCAACGGGCCACCCGACCUUCCGCAGGGAUAUAAACUGAGCAUGCACAUCACACAGACAGAUUCGGAAAGCGUGAGAGUCUUUAGACCUCGCAAAAGUGGAAAAGCACAUACCUCCUGGAAGCACAAAAUUCUGAAGUUGUUCCUAAAGGAACAUCUCAUGGUGGUGGGCAUGGACAAGCUGGCAGAGGAAGUGCCCUAUCUAGGUGGCAAAACUGAACUGGAGUUCUUUGUAGAAGGCCUUCGUUUCCCUGAUAGGGGCUUUGAUGGCCUCAUCACCAUCAACCUUAGUCUGCUAGAGCCCACUGGCGAGGGUUUACCUGGAACACCCAUCUUUACAGAUAAGGUCAUGUUUCGCAUAUCUCCAUGGAUAAUGACCCCCAACAUCCUCAAACCCAUGGAAGUGUUUGUGUGUAGCACAAGCGAUAACAAUGCAUUCCUGAAGAGCAUUAAGAACCUGGUGGACAGCUGUGGCUACAAAUUGAAAGUGUGUCAUGAGUACGUGAACCGUAAUGACCGCUGGAUGCAGGAUGAGAUUGAGUUUGGCUACAUUGACUCCCCGCAUCAUGGAUUCCCUGUGGUACUAGAUUCACCUCGUGAUCAAGGACUUAAAGAUUUUCCCUAUGAAGUUCUUCUGGGCCCAGACUUCGGGUAUGUGACACGAUACAUUGAUCAUAAAGCAAGCAGCCUGGACUCUUUUGGUAAUCUAGAGGUUAGCCCACCAGUCACAGUGAAUGGGAAAAGUUACCCACUUGGCAGGAUUAUCAUCGGAGUAGCAUUUCCUACUACAACACAUGGCCGCAACAUGACCCAAGUCGUCCAAGACUUCUUGUGGGCACAAAAGGUUCAAGAGCCAAUUGCACUCUACUCUGAUUGGCUGACUGUGGGGCAUGUGGACGAGUUCAUGACCUUUGUCCCAGCACCUGACCGAAAGAAAUUCCGGUUGCUGCUGGCUAGCCCUGAUGCUGGUUACAAAGUUUUCAGAACCUUGCAGAAAAAUGGACAUGGAAAAGCAGAGAUGUUUCCAGAUUUUGAGGAGGCCAUCACCGUAGAUGACAUCCUGAGUGACAAGAAGCUUCAGGCUGAAAAUGACUAUGUGCAGAACUGUAUUGACUGGAACAGGGAUGUACUGAAGAAAGAGCUUGGGUUGGAUGAUGAGGACAUUAUUGAUUUGCCCAUCCUGUUUAAAAUGCUUGAAGAAUAUGACAAAAGAGGCCAGAGGGCUGCAGCCUACUACCCUGAUAUGGUGAAUAUGAUUGUGUUGGGUGAUCAACUGGGUAUCCCAAAACCAUUUGGACCCCAGGUGAAUGGCAAAUGUGCCCUGGAGACAGAGAUGCGGUCUCUUUUGGAGCCUCUGGGGCUUAAGUGUACCUUCAUUGAUGACUUUGCCUCCUACCACAAAUUGCUGGGUGAAGUUCACUGUGGUUCCAAUGUACUUCGGCAACCAUCUACUUUUAGAUGGUGGAACCUGGAGCUGUGAGAGUGAGAGAGCGAGCUAGCUAUGCAGAAAAGAGACCUCUCAAGUUGCAUCUAUUAUUUUUUUAACAAAUUAAAUUAGAUCUGGUUAAUCUGGCAAAAUUCAUUCUAGCAAUAAACUAUGCAUACGUGCUUUAACCUUAAAAGUACCAGUAAAGCAAUAGCAAAUGCCUUUGUGUAACAUAAGGAUAGUUCGCCCAAAAAUCAUGUUGUUCCAAACCCAUAUGCAGUUAUUUUUUCAUUUGUUGAACACAAAAGAUAUUUUGAAGAAUCUCCAAGCUGCUCUUUUCCAUAAAGUGAAAGCAUAUAGUGACCAAGGGCUGUCAAGCUCCAAAAAGCACAACAAAAGUACCUUAUGAGUAGUCCAUGUGACUUGUGUCCCAUAUUCCAAAUCUUCUGAUAAUACGAUAGGUUUGUGUGAGGAAAAGACAGAAAUUUAAGGUGUUAUUUACAUUUACAUUUAUGCAUUUUGCAGACGCUUUUAUCCAAAGCGACUUACAGUGCCCUUAUUACAGGGACAAUCCCCCUGGAGCAACCUGGAGUUAAGUGCCUUGCUCAAGGACACAAUGGUGGUGGCUGUGGGAAUUCAACAACCUUUUGCUUACCAGUUCACUGCUUUAGUCCACUACGCCAUUUGAUUUGAUAAAAAAAUCUUCAUUCGUCAUGUUCUUAAAAGUCAUUCAGGCUUGCGUUCUGUUCAAGUUUGGUGGUUCAAGAUGAAUUGAGCCAUGUUGGAUGUGAAUGAUGUCAAACGUUAUUGGUUCUUGCAUGGCUCGUCAUUGUCAUCAACCCUGGUGUGAUGUUGUCUAAUGCUGCAUAUUUUAAUUGAACGGGAUUUCCAAGAUCUGGCAGAUUUUCUGAAAAGAUGACUUCAAAUUUCAGGAAUAAAGCUAAAGUCUUAUGAAGUACUUUUAUGGUGCUUUUUGUAUUUUUUAGAGCUCGACAGUCUCAGUCCCAUUAUGAAAAACUCUGGACAUUCUGAAAAUCGUUUGUGAGUAAAUGGAAGACAGAAUGGGUGAACUAACCCUUUAAUACUUUGUCAAAGCUUUAUGACUCUAUACUAUGCAAGGUUUCUUAGAAAAUUAAGGGCUUAUAAUUAUGAAGAAUGUUUUGGAGAGUGAUACACAUAUAAUACUAGCCACUGAAGAGCAUAAUAGUGUUUUUCUUUCAUGACAAUUUAUUUUACUUGAUGCAUUUCUGAGUGUCCAAGUUAACUAUGAACCAAUGAACAUUGGAUAAAAAUGGACCACUAUGACAGUAUUUUUCAACCUAAAUACUAUAUAUUCUCUAAAGGGAUAUUCCUGGUUCAAUACAACUUAAGCUCAAUCGACAGCAUUUUGUGUCAUAAUUUUGAUAACCACAAAAAUUAUUUUGAAGAAUUAUUUCUUAUUUGAAAAAUAAGAAAAAAGCAAAACUCUGGGUUACAGUGAUGCACUUAAAAUGGAAGUGAAUGGGGCCAAUUUUUGGAGGGUUUAUUUUAUAAAUGCACUUACAUUAAUUAUUCUGAUAAAACGUGUGUAUUAUUUGAGCUGUAAAGUUGUUUGAUUACAGCAUUACGUAGUCGGGGCAAGUUUUAAAAUCGGAUAUAACUUCACACAGAAAAAGUGUGAUAAUUUCACUUAGUAACCAAAACAUGUUUACACGCGUUGUAGCUAUACUUUUGAAAAAGUGUGUAUUUUGAUUGGCCCCAUUCAUUUCCAUGUGCCACCUGUAACCCAAAGUUGUGCUUUUUUUUUUUU